UACAUAUUACAAGAUAAAAUAAUGUUAAAUGAGGACUCAUCAUCUGCAACUGAAAUGUUGCUUGCAACCUUCUCCAAUGCUUACAUUGCAUGUGUAUAGGACAUUCGAGCCGUGUGUUACGUAUGCUCCAUCAUGAAGAUCUCCUGGCAUGCAAAUCAGCGGAUGGUUAGACGGUGGAUAAAAUAUCUUGGGUUUGAGGAAGCCAUGAGGCUUAUGAAUUGGAAUAAUAGUGAUCCCAGUUUCAGCCUCAGGGCAAACAGUAUGAAAGGUUUUACAAGAGCUGACCUAGUUGAGCGGCUGACAAUACUGAAGACUUGCAUACAAGCAAGAUUAUUGAAAGACGGUCUAUGUUCAGUUCAGGAUGAGAGUGCAGGUUUGGUGGUGUCUGUUGUGGAUCCACAAUCCGGAGAGACCAUUGUCGACUGUUGUGCUGCGCCUGGAGGAAAGACUCUAUUCAUGGCUUCAUGUUUGAGAGGCAAAGGUAUGGUGUAUGCAAUUGACGUAAACAAGGGCCGCUUAAGAAUUCUUGAAGAGACAGCCAAGUCACACAAUGUCAAUGAUGUCAUCACUGUUGUGCAUGCUGACCUUCAUAUUUUUUCUGUAAGUUAUUUACCAACAGAAAAUUAAUGAAUAAAGUAAAGGAAAUUUUGAGUUCAUCAUGAUAAUCCACAUUUUCAAUUUUCUCCUAACUAUGCUUGCAAUGUUCUAAAUCAUCUAUUACAUAUUAAGAUGGGUACAUUGUUUGUAUUAUAAACUUAUAUGCGUUAUCCUUGGGGAAUGUACCAUUGAGAUGCGUCUAUUUUUUGCUUUCUACCUUUUUAUUGUUUGGUAUUUAUUGUUGUAGAUAUGUACAUAAGGGGCCAUGCCAUCAGCAGAAGAUCAUUC